ACCUUUAGUACAGCACAGUGCUUUGCCACCCAAGCAAAACAGUAACAGACUCUGUAUGGCAACCUUCAAACUUCCAAACUGGAUGUGAUAUCAAGGUGUGGGAUAGUUUUCAUCGAUUUUAAAGGCAGUUCCUUCUGGAAUCAAUGCAAAUUCUGAGAAAGGAGAGCGUGGUACUGAUGUGAGUCACUGAGCUGGAGCUGAGAUCUGGAAUAUGAUGCUGUCACACCGUGUUGGACGAGCCUGUCAUGUGCUUGUGCUGGUGUUGUGUCUGUCUGCGGCUGAGGACUUCGACUGGUCAGCGAACAACCACGACUCCUUCUAUUAUGGCACUUUUCCAAAUGGAUUUUCGUGGGGCGCAGGCAGUUCAGCCUAUCAAACAGAAGGAGCCUGGGACAAAGAUGGGAAAGGACUGAGCAUAUGGGAUGUGUUCACUCAUAAGAAGGGAAAGACGUUCUUGAAUGAUACUGGAGACUCUUCUUGUGAGGGAUACUACAAAUUCAAGGGUGACAUUUCAUUGAUAAAAGAGCUGAAUCUGAAUCAUUAUCGGUUUUCCAUCUCCUGGCCUAGGAUCAUGCCAACUGGAAUCAGGUCUGACCAUGUGAAUGAGAAAGGAGUGAAGUACUAUAGUGCUCUUAUUGAUGAGCUGCUUGAACACAAUAUCACUCCUAUUGUGACCCUUUAUCAUUGGGACCUGCCACAGGUUUUGCAGGAGAAAUAUGGUGGAUGGCAGAACAUCAGUAUGAUUAAUUAUUUCAACGACUUUGCCAAUCUUUGCUUUGAACGCUAUGGGGACCGUGUCAAAUACUGGAUAACUUUUAAUAACCCAUGGUCAGUGGCAGUGGAAGGAUAUGAAACUGGAGAACAUGCUCCAGGACUGAAGCUCAGGGGCACUGGGGCCUACAGAGCAGCUCACCACAUCAUUAAGGCACAUGCUAAGGUUUGGCACACUUACGAUACUCAGUGGCGAAACAAACAAAGAGGUAUGGUGGGCAUUUCACUGUCCGGGGACUGGGGAGAGCCUGUGGACAUCACUAACCAGAAGGACAUUGAGGCUGCAGAGAGAUAUGUACAGUUUUACCUAGGCUGGUUUGCUACACCCAUCUUUCAUGGAGAUUAUCCUCAAGUGAUGAAGGAUUUCAUAGGGAGGAAAAGUGCACAGCAGGGUUUGGGAACGUCUCGCCUUCCCACCUUUUCUUCUCAGGAGAAGAGUUACAUCAAAGGCACCUCUGAUUUCCUAGGUGUGGGACACUUCACCACACGCUACAUAACCCAAAAGAGCUAUCCUUUCAACCGUGGCUCCACCUACUUCUCAGACCGGGAUGUAGCAGAGCUAGUCGACCCACGUUGGCCUGAUCCUGGUUCAGACUGGCUCUACUCAGUACCUUGGGGCUUCCGCCGUCUACUCAACUUUAUUAAGACUCAAUAUGGGAACCCCAUGAUCUUCAUCACUGAGAAUGGGGUCUCGGAGAAGAUGAUGUGCACAGAACUGUGUGAUGACUGGAGGAUACAGUAUUACAAGGGUUACAUCAACGAGAUGCUCAAAGCUAUCAGGGAUGGAGUGAAUGUAAAGGGCUACACCGCUUGGUCCCUUCUGGACAAGUUUGAGUGGGAUGAGGGCUAUUCAGAGAGGUUCGGCCUGUACUAUGUGGACUUCAGGAGCAAAAAUAAGCCUCGCUACCCCAAGGCCUCUGUUCAGUUCUACAAACGCAUCAUUAAGUCUAAUGGAUUUCCUAAUCAGAGAGAGGUUGAGAACUGGAAAACGAAGGCUACAGAGACUUGCUCCACCAGCAAUCAGCUCCUGGCUGCAGAGGAACAGAGGAAUACGGCUGCCAAUAUUCUAAGACUUAUUCAUGAUCCUUUAACCAGCCACAUGGAGAUGGUGACCGAGGUUGUGGUUCCCACAGUGUGCACCCUCUGCAUUUUGAUCAGCGCUGUCUUUCUCAUGUUCCUACUCCGCAAACGAAACUAGCUGACUUUUUUUUUUUUUUUU